AUGCCAAGAUCCAUACGUGGCAGACUCCUCACAUACUUCAUCAUCCCCUCCGGCCUGGCAGUCUACUGCACUCAUCUUGGGCUUUCCCACCUGGAAAAGAAAUAUCCAAACCAGCCUCUUACGACAGGGAGCAAGGCUCUUCAAACACCAAGCAAGCCAAAUAUCCAAUAUUGCCCAUAUACAGAUAUCUAUGCCGCGCGUAUACCAUUGCGAUCCCUCAUAGCUCGACGCAGGAACCAGAAUGAUCCGGCACCAUCCAAAACCGACCUAGAAGAUGCAUGGGCACGUACAGUAUUCGGGUCUCGAAUUAUGAAAACAGAGUCAUCAAUCGUCGGGCUCAUCACGAAUGGUAAAUACCAACCCGGUGAUACCGGCGAUACUCCUGAGAGAUUCGCUCCGAACAAAAUGACAGGCCAACCUCGAGAACUAGUGAACGGUUUGAUGUCUGUUCAACGGGAGAUCGGUGCAGAUGAUGAUUCGAACGGACUUCUGCUAUCAUGGAAAAUGGCCAAUGAGCCACGUGUGUUCUUUGAACGCAUUGCGCGAUGGGGAUACCCGUGGAGACUUAUGUCGGGUGGUCGCCAUGAGAUGAGUGUCUCAGAGCCUUAUCGGGUUGACAGUGAGAGUGAACUGUUUCUCGAUGUACGGUUCUCUGCAGCGCAUGAUUAUGAGGUUGUGCCCGAGGAGGGGGAUUUAGAGAUUCAGAAGAUUUUGCCGGAGUGGACGAAUCGGUUGCAUUGGGGAUAUGCAAGACUUAUACUUGAUCUUGCGGUGAGAGAAUUGCAAGUGGACUUGAAGUGA